UUUCACUGAGCUUCAGCAUCAGAGAGGAAGUCAUUUUUUAAUAGAGAACAUCAAGAAAGAUCCUUAACUUUUACCCUGAAAAUGGAUUCAGAAUCUACAACCCCACCUUCAUAUGAUGGAAUAGAAGAAGUAUGUCAAAAGAAAAAUGUUCAAGACUUUGGACUUUUUAUUACGGUCUUAAUUUUUUCAGUGGUAAUUGUUCUGAGCCUAAUGGGUAACCUUUUGGUGGUUUGGAUUCUGCUCAGGUAUGAGAAACGGAAAACUGUGACAAACAUUUUCAUCCUUAACCUCGCCAUCUCUGAUUUGUUAUUCACUUUUUCUUUACCUUUCAUUUCUUUAUAUCAGUCUCAAGGUUGGACUUUGGGAAACUCCAUGUGCAAAAUUGUAAAUGGCAUAUUUUAUAUCGGAUUUUACAGUGGCAUUAUAUUAAUGACAAUAAUGAGCAUAAAUCGCUAUGUUGCUGUAGUCCAUCCGUUGGCAGAUCUUCGUUCCAGGAAGGGGUGCUAUGGAACCUGGGCAUCCAUGAUGAUUUGGCUGGUAAGCAUUUUGGCCAGUACACCUAGUAUCAUUUUCACUUCAGAGCUACAGGGAGAUUAUUUACAAGACAAAUCUCACUGUGACUAUUAUAAUCCUUCCUGGAAGAUAGUUGGAACAUAUCAGCAGAAUGCUUUCUUUUUGAUUACACUUACUGUCAUUGUCUACUGUUACAUGCGAAUACUUCUGAGGCUGCUUCAGUCCAAAACUCAGAAGAGGUACCGGACAGUGAAACUCAUUUUCACUGUAGUAGCAAUUUUUUUCAUAGGAUGGGCACCUUUUAAUAUUGUGAUUUUUUUACAGAAUUUGAUUUUUCAUGAAGUUGAAUAUUUUUUAGACUGCGCAGUCAACACGAACCUUGACUAUGUAUUUUAUGUCUGCCGCAUCUUUGCUUUCUCUCAUUGCUGCCUCAACCCAAUUUUUUAUGCAUUUGUGGGCAUUAAGUUUAAGAAUCAUCUGAAAAAGGUCCUAAGGGGUUGCCAUUUUGACCACAGCACUGGAGACCAAAACCAACAUCAUACCCGAGUUAAUUUUAUUUCAAGUGGAGAAGAACUUUCAUUGUAAGUUUUAAAUAUUCUCAUGGAGAAAGUUGGACCAUACCAUGCACAGAUCACUGGAAUUUUAUCAGCUCUUCUAUUAAUUAGUUCAUGUUGAACUGACACUUAAAUGAAACCAAGAGCAAGUAGAACCUUUUGUAGUGCUGAUCCUUUACGUUCAAAUCAAUAAAAAGAGUUUUGGAAUUUUUUUUUUGUGAUUCUGCGCAAGAUCAAAUCUAGAAUCUCAAAAUUCUGGUUGACACUCUCCCUUUAAAACUGGUUAGUAAAAGACACUUGUUAAAUCAGUCAAUACCAGGUUUUUUAUAUUUGUAUAUAUCUGUUAAAUUCAAGUGGAAAUUUAAAAAGCCACGGACAAGAUAAAUGUAGUGUAGUUUUUAAGUAUUUGUGUCAUCAGUUUUCAUCAGUUCAUAAAUUUAGCAUUUUUAACUAUGACUUUAUUUCUUUCAUGCACAUUGCCUACUCCAUGUUUUAACUUUUUUUUAACAUGAUCUUCUGUUAACAUUUAUAUACAGCUGGGUGGAGACGGCUCUACAUGUUACGCGAACCUGUUUUCUUGGCAGACAUUUUCUCUUUUGAACUAUUUAAUUUUUAUUAUGACAUUUCUUUCAUUUUCUUUCUGGUGAUUUUGAUUAAAGUACAAAGGUUAAUAUUGUUAUGUCAAUAAAAUAAAAAAUAAAGAUUUGUCUAU